UGUCACGUAGCUUUUAAUGUUUAGACUCUGCCCUGCCUAUUGAGUGGUGGGUGAGGCGUUAUUGUUGGGUUUAAGACCUAUGGAGGCUUCUUCGGCUUCAUCUUCAUCUUCAUCUUCAUCUUCAAAGGGUUUCAUGGAAAAUGUGGAGCAACCCCAUGUUUUGGCUGUUGACGACAGUAUCAUUGAUCGCAAACUAAUCGAAAAGCUACUCAAAAAUCUGUCUUGCAAAGUGACUACUGCAGAGAAUGGGCUAAGGGCGUUGGAGUUUUUGGGCUUGGGAGAUCAUCAAAACAGUAGCUUGGAGGGCAAUAUCUCAAAGGUGAAUCUGGUAAUUACAGAUUAUUGUAUGCCAGGGAUGACAGGCUAUGAACUACUCAAGAAAAUCAAGGAAUCAUCACUCAUGAAGGAGGUUCCAGUGGUGAUUAUGUCAUCUGAAUACGUACCGAAUCGUAUUAACAAGUGCUUAGAGGAGGGAGCUCAGAUGUUCAUGCUAAAGCCUCUCAGACAGUCGGACAUAAAGAAAUUGAGAUGCCAUUUGAUGAAAUUGGAAAGAACCUAAGAAAAAAAAGUUUAUAAUAUCCCUCGUGACAUAGAACUUAGAACUCUCCUUCAACUGCUAAUUUUGUAACCUUUGGCUUUGUUUUGCUCAGAACUUGUUAUCUCCACCUUUGCAUUAUUGUAUGAGGCAUGGAGACACUUCGAAGUAACAUUCAUUUUGUUUGAGAAUCAAUUUGCCUUAGAAAAUGGAAAGAAAUAUUUUCCA